AUGUACCUUGGUAGACGUCCUGUCACUGGUCAGCGCCAGAUCCCACCUCUUAACCUUAGUCGAGUGAGCACUGCUGCCACUGCAUCCCUCCCCUCUGUCCCCUCCUCCAAUUCCUCCCUCUCUCUGACCCUCUGGCCCCCUCACCCACCCGCGCCCACACCCUUUUCUCACUGUGACGGAUCUCUAGCAGCCCCGAACUGUGAUGACGAGGCGUGGCUGAGGUCUAUUUGCAGCAUUCGGUCCAGACCAAUCUGGCCUGGUCGCCAAGACUUUCUCGCCUGUGUCGGCGGAAACAACCCCCCGGAUUGGCCCCCUCGUCCCAGACCUGUGGCUCAGCUGCGUCUCCAAAGCCUCAAAGCCUCACUCUCAGCAGCGCUUUCUUGCUGA